UUUGUGUCGGCUUCAUUGACUAAACAGAUGAGCGAAGUUACCAAACCACGUAGAAACCUUAUGCAAUUUCCAUGUCGCCGACCAUGGAGAGCGUGAGAUGUUGAUGAGCUGAGCAUGAACAACCCAGCAAAUCUUUGCCCGUCGCUGCCGAUAUUGAACCAUUGCCGGACCCUCAAGUCCGUCAAGACCGUGCAGGCCCUCCUCUGCAAAACCGGCGUUGACACCGAUCCUCUGUUCGCCGGAAAGCUCCUCCUCCACUGCGCCAUCACCAUCUCCGACGCCCUCGACCAUGCUCGCCGUCUCUUCCUUCACUUCCCAAACCCGGAUACGUUCAUGUACAACACCCUCAUCCGGGGUUUUUCCGAGUCUGAUGCCCCUCGUAAUUCCUUCUCAUUGUUCGACGAAAUGCGUAGGAAAUCGGUCGCUCCUCCUGACAGCUUUUCUUUCGCGUUCAUGCUUAAAGCAGCUGCGAAUCUGCGGUCUUUGAGGGUUGGAAUUCAGCUGCAUUGUCAAGCUCUGGUUCAUGGGCUGGACACCCAUGUUUUUGUUGGGACUACUAUGAUAAGCAUGUACGGCGAAUGUGGGCAUGCUCAUUUCGCGAGGCAAGUGUUUGACGAAAUGCGUGACCCCAACGCUGUUUCUUGGAAUGCGAUCAUUACUUCUAGUUUUCGUUCCGGGGACUUGAAGCUUGCUAAGGCCAUGUUUGAUGCGAUGCCUUUUAGGAAUUCAACUUCGUAUAAUGCCAUGCUUGCAGGGUACACGAAAGCGGGGCAGCUUGACCUUUCUAUGGAGGUGUUCUCUGCGGUACCCUUGAAGGAUGACGUAUCUUGGAGUACUAUGAUUGUUGGAUUUGCACAAAACGGUUGCUUUGACGAGGCUUUUAGAUUUUUCAGGGAUUUGCAGCGAAUAGAAAUGAGACCAAAUGAGGUGAGCUUGACUGGAGUUUUAGCUGCGUGUGCUGAUGCAGGGGCAUUUGAGUUUGGGAAAAUAAUACAUGGAUUUAUAGAGAAAUGUGGGUUUUCAAAUAUCAUCUCCGUGGCUAAUGCAUUGUUAAAUACUUACUCUAAGUGUGGUAAUAUACGCAUGGCUCGGUUGGUCUUUGAGAUGACGCUACACAGAAGAAACAUCGUUUCUUGGACUACUAUGAUUGCAGGCUUGGCCAUGCAAGGUUAUGGGGAAGAAGCAAUAGAACUUUUCCAUAAAAUGAAAGGGUGUGGAAUUGUGCCCGAUGGCAUAACCUUCAUUUCCAUCCUAUAUGCUUGUAGUCAUUCUGGUUUGAUUGAAGAAGGUCUCAAGUAUUUUUUUAUGAUGAAAGAUAUGUAUGGAAUAGAACCAGCCAUUGAGCAUUAUGGUUGUAUUGUUGACUUAUAUGGCAGGGCUGGUCAACUUCAGAAGGCCUAUGACUUCGUCUGUCAAAUGCCUGUUGCCCCUACUUCUAUCAUUUGGCGAACUCUUCUAGGGGCUUGCAGCAUUCAUAACAAUGUCAAGAUAGGGGAACAAGUUAGGAAAAAGCUUUCUGAGAUUGAUCCCACCAAUUCUGGUGACCAUGUGCUGCUGUCGAACAUAUAUGCUGUUGCGGGGAAAUGGAGGGAUGUUGCUGCGAUUAGAAGAUCAAUGAGAGACCAGAGAAUGAAGAAAACUCCUGGUUGGAGCAUGAUUGAAGUAGACAAGACCAUGUAUAGUUUUGUUGCUGGUGAAAAGCAGGGUGAGAUUGCUGAAAAGGCUAAUGAGAAGUUGACAGAGAUUCUGUUGAGGUUAAAGGUUGAAGGAGGUUAUGUUCCGGAGCUCAAGAUGGUCUUGCAUGAUCUAGAAGAGGAGGAAAAAGAAGAUUCAGUGUCUAGGCACAGUGAAAAGCUUGCUGUAGCAUUUGGAAUGGCAAGAUCGUGCAAGGGUAGCGCUAUCAGAAUAGUGAAGAAUUUGAGGGUUUGCAGGGAUUGUCAUGCAUUUAUGAAGCUCGUCUCCAAACUCUAUAAACUGGAGAUUCUGGUGAGAGACAGAAGUCGCUUUCAUUUCUUCAUUGAUGGUUCUUGCUCAUGUGGAGAGUACUGGUGAUGGUUAAGUAAGAAUAGUUAAUGGAGACUCCAUGCUAGAAAUCAUGGCAUGAAGUAAACUAGUAUGAAGCCUGAAGGAUAACAAAAGGGUUUCUUGUUGUAUUUUGCUAGGUCAGAGAUUUCACUUAGAGGUAAAUGGAAAACUCCCUUUAUAGAGUGAAACUCUUCUUGGGGCAAAAAAAACAGAAACAAGGAAAUGGAAACAACUGGAGGCUUCACAUUUCUUCAAGCAUCAGCUAAAGCAACAAUUUAAGAAGCUUCAUAUGCAGUCUGGUACUUGUUGAUUCGUUUGAAUACGGAUUUAUCAAAAAGCAUGAUAUAAUGAUGGGGAUGCGCUCUGUACGGGUUUGCAUGACAUCCAACCUUGAAAGCCACAAGCUCGCAAAAGAAGGGAAGCUACCUUAGGAAGUACCCCUUCCAGGAACAUCUAGUAGACUCGGCUUCAAAGUGGAUGUUCGGUGUGGAGAGCGCAUUAUUACAUGUGUCUGCCUACCUGGUGGGGGGCAACUACAUUAUUGUGGUUAAACAGGACACCCGACUUUACAAAUCUGAUGGCCUUGGUGGCUCAGACUGCUCUCUCACACACUUGGGAGAUGCAGUCAGUCAAACCUGAUUUUGAGGUUUUAGGGAUUCCAUAUUUCCUACCCCCUCUUCCUUGGUAAUUGUUAUACUCGUGACCUGGUUAUUGAGAGCCAGCAAUUGGCGCUGGGUUUCAUUCAGGAACCAGAAGAAGAUCACUAUCAGGGUCUUUUUGGUGCCACUCAAUGUAGAUUAGCCGCCUGAUCUUUUUGUGCUGAUUGCACUGAAUUAUAAAAAAAAAAUAAACUGUUCAAAGAAGAAUGUACUUGCACAAGAGCAGCAAGUUGCAUCAAGAUUGUUCUUCCAUC